UGGAAGAGUCAGACUGUUGUGUUUGAGCUGAUUUAGACAAGAUGGAGAGCUGUCCCGGAACCAAACUGAACAAGCACACUGCUUUUAGCUACAAGAGUUUUGGGAGUCCAUCUGAGUUUACUGAUGAAUCACCAUCAAUUGACAGCAAACAGGAUUUGAAGAGCAAACAUGAUCCCAUUCAGUUGAAAGAGAUGUCCUCUGGAAGCCCAGAGAUGUUUGACCAAAGCUUCUCCAAGCUCCAAGAGGCCGAAGAGGAGUGCUGCAGCCCGGAAACCCCUGUGGAAGUGUACGCUGCGGCCAUUGUCAUUGCAGUUGGAGUAACCAUUGCUCUGGUUCUGCAGAUUCACCUGAAUGCAGGCUUGGUAUGCUGUGUGACUCGUACGUCUGAACUGAUGGCAUUCCUGGACCUCAUCAUAGCUGCAUUGCAGGUCACGAUGAAAGGCGUGCUGUCUGAUCACGAGCGCUGCACCACGCUCAGUGAAGGAGUGCUCCGCGAUGGUGGGUCCAGCGUGGACGCAGCCAUCGCUGGUGCCCUUUGCUUGGGCAUUGUUCAUCAGCAUGUGUCCAGUGUAGGGGGAGGGGGAGUGAUGUUAGUUCAUGACAUCAGAAGAAAUGAAACCAGGGUGAUAAAUUUUCAAGGAUCUGCACCUGAACUGAUAAGAGAGGAGAUGGUGCAAAAUUCCUCUGAGAUGAAGGCAGGUCUCCUUGUGGGGGUGCCAGGAAUGCUCAUGGGGCUUCACCGUGCCCAUAGGCUGUAUGGAAGUUGUCUGUGGGAGGAUGUCGUCAGCAGAGCUGCAAGUGUGGCCAGAGAAGGGUUCAAUGUGUCACGUAGUCUGGCUGAUGCAAUAUCAGAAAUAGAAGGUGAGGAGCUUCCCAAGCAUUUCCGGGACCUGUUCCUCCCGGAGGGCCGUGCUCUGAGUGCUGGUUCUUUUGUGACGAUGCCUGAGCUGGCAGAGGUCCUGGAGGCUGGCGUCUGGAAUUUCUACAGUGGAGCUUUUGCGCAGGAGAUAGAGAAUGAGGUGCGAGCACACGGCGGCGUCCUGAGCAGAGGAGAUCUGGGCAACUACACUGUAGAGAUACAGCAGGCCCUCGAGGGUGGAUUUGGGGAUUUCAUUAUUCAAGUCCCCCCUCCACCAUCUGCUGGUGCUGUGUUGAUCGCAGCUCUCAAUCUCCUGGAAGGCUUUCAUUUUAAAGAAAAUGGAGUCAAAGAGAAGGAAAUGUACCACUGGAUUGAGGAGGCUCUGACAACGGCUUUCUCAAUGGCUGCUGGACUGGGUGACCAUAAGAACAACUUGACUGAUCUUCUCUCCUCAAUGCUCAAUAAGAGUCAAGCUGAAAUACUGCGCAACAGGAUGAUUCACUUUCAAAUGUCCCAGUCUCUCUGCAACUCCACCAUCUACUCCUUCCCAGCAGAGCUGCUGGCUGCACAAGUAGUAGUCAUGGGACCAGAUAACCUCAUGGUAUCUGUUGCAAGCACCUUGAACAGACCCUUUGGAAGCAGGAUUUUGACUCCAUCAGGCAUUCUCCUCAACAGCCUAAUUCUUGACUUUUUCUGGCCAAAUAAAACUUCCAUCAAACCUCAAAUUGAGCAGUUUCAGGAAAACCACGUUGAAGCAAGAAAGAGGCCUCUGACGCUUCUAAUGCCGGCCAUGCUGGUGCCCUCCUGGGAUAAAUGUGGGACCUAUAUGGCUCUGAGCAGUUCAGGUGGACGAAACCACCUGAAUAGAAUCACACAGAUGCUGGUAAAUGUGCUGUUCCUCCAUAAAGAGAAAAAUGACAGCGUCCCUCUGAGACGACUCCACACUCAACGUGAACCUUAUGAGCAUCAUGACUCUGCAUUUACAACGGAUGUGUAGUUUCUCAAGCCAAAGGCUACGUGACCUUGAGUUGAGGAAGACUUCUACAAAUCCAAAGAAAUAGCUCACAUAUUACAACAAGCUGAUUUUGGAGAUGUUUUUGUUUAAACUUUGGCAUUGUUCUCCUUUUAUUUACUCUCAUCCUACAUAAGCCCUUGAAGAUCCAGCUGCUAAAGAUUAAUUGUGCAAGUUUUAUCAAAAUUAUACCCCCAAUGUAUGUGACAAUGCCUCCAAUGAAUGAUGCUUGUCAUUGAGACUCUUGUCUAUUAAAGGACAUGACCUGUGAACAAAAAGACUAGGGCUGUUAUAUAAGGAAGAUCAGCAGAUGAGGUAUUGCCACACAUGUUGACUCUGCAUGGGUGACAGGGAUGGUGUGGACAUUCCAGUUAAGUAUCGGUGACUGUAAACAUCACUGUAUUUGUUCUGCUACUAAUGAGUAACAUUUAAUGACAAA